AUGGAUCGCCGGGAGGAGUUGAAGUUUUCUGAGCACGUCGUCAAGACGAGGAAGACGAUCCUGCCGAAGAGAGCGGCUUACCGGGGAUCAGAAUACCGUAAGAGGGUCGUCCGGAUCCACUUCGAUGAUGUGGAUGCUACCGAUUCGUCGUCGAGUGACGGAGAGUGUGGCGCCCGCCGGCUUGUUAGGCGGCAGGUGCACGAGAUCGGGAUCGAGGUGGUUCCCGUGCCGCGGCGGAGGGCGGCGGUGACGAGGAAGGAGACGGCGGCGAGAGGAGGGGAGAGCGGGAGGAGGAAGUUCCGCGGGGUGCGGCGGCGGCCGUGGGGCCGAUGGGCCGCCGAGAUCCGCGACCCGCGCCAGCGGAAGCGGGUCUGGCUCGGGACGUUCGACACGGCCGAGGAGGCGGCCACGGUGUAUGACAUGGCCGCCGUGCGGCUGAAAGGCUCGAAGGCGGUGACCAACUUCCCGGCCGCGAGACCGGCGGCACAGACGACCGAGGAAGAAGAAGCGAAGUGCGAAGUCAGUGGAGGAGGCGGCGACGGCGUGACCGGGGCGCGCUCCUCUCCGACGUCAGUGCUCCAUUACGGCGACGAGUGGGCGCCGUUCGACUAUACCGGCAACGAGGAAGUCGACCCCUUCGGGUUCGGAGCUGACGCGUCCCCGCUAUUCUUCACGGAGUACUGUCGACCGACGCGGCGAUUGUUGCAGGCGGAGUUCGGCGACUUCGACGCCGAGGAUUUCUCCUAGCGGAAGGACUGUUACGGGUCCCGGGCAGUAUUGUUCACAGGGGUAGUGUCGUCCUUUCACGAGUUGCUUAUAGCUUAAAUUAUUUUUAUGUACUAUUAAUGUUUUUGUUUUUGUCAUGUUCGGGGAACAAAACAUGGAGGAGCAGUUAUUUGAGUGAAGCGUGAAAGAGAGAGUGAGCGUAGAGUAGAUGGAGCUUUUCUUGGAAUCUAAGCUUGUGACGUGUCACAGUUUUGCUUGUUUGCUGGUGAUUUUUUCUUGUAUUUUCUUAUUUUUGAGAAUGGCAUGUGAGAAAAUAAUGGAUUGAAGGUUGAAA